AUGUAUGAACACGUGUCAACACUGCACGAACCACACUCCGACAGGAAAUCCACCUAUUCCACAGUUAAAGUAUCUCCAAAUGGACAAUGCGUAGCCAUUCCUCAAGACACACACAUACUAAUAUACGAUAUCACGAACGACCACGCACCACCACCACCAGCGACUAGAAUAGUAACCAAUCACACGUUGCCAAUAUCCGACGUGUGCUGGUCACCUGACGGCGAGUGUAUAGCCACCGCAAGCGACGAUCACACCGUGGAGAUCGUGCACGUGACAAUGUAUGGCAUAUUACAUAUUUUAACGGGGCACACUGCUCCAGUGGUGACGUUGUGUUACAACAGCAAGGGCAACUUGCUGUUCACGGGCUCGAUGGAUGAAAGCGUGAAGACGUGGGAUGUCCUUAAUGGCAAGUGUCUGCGAACGAUAUCUGCGCACUCGGAUUCCGUCGUGAGCCUGACGUUGCCUCACUGUGAUGACUCGGUGAUGGCGUCCGGGUCGUACGAUGGGCUGGUGCGGAUAUUCGAUACGCAGACCGGGCAUUGUCUGUCGACGCUAACGUACGACAAGGACUGGAAGCAUAGUGGGCGGGUCGUGCCCAUCACGCAGUUGGAAUUCUCGUUGAAUGGGAAGUUCCUGUUGGUGAAGAGUCUUGACGGCGCUGUGAAGUUAUGGGACUGCAUACGUGGGGUGGUGGUGAGAACGUUUGUCAAUAGGCAGGAUGAUAAUAAUAGUAACGAUGCUACGAAUGAAUGGCGAGGGAAGUUCAGUGGUGGCAUGGCCAUAGGCUAUAUCGAUCCACCAGAGACCCAUAGUAACGGGAUAGUAAUUAGUGGAGACUCCAAUGGCUAUAUCAGCUGUUGGGACACGCACACCAAACGAUUGUUGCAAAAGAUGGACACGGAACAGCGGAACCCGAUUAUGGACAUGUGCACGGUGAGAAACAAGCUAGCCGUUAUCACGCGCGACGGCCGCUGCGACAUUUAUAAAUGGGGGGCAGAACAGAAGUGCGAUGAACCCUCGAAGAACAUAUAA